ACAAACAAAAACCUAGCUAGGGUUUUUAUCCAUCGUUCACAGCUUUUACCAAAUCGCAAAAAUGGUGAAAUUCCUGAAGCCAAACAAAGCCGUAGUCGUACUCCAAGGACGCUACGCCGGGAGGAAAGCUGUGAUUGUUCGAGCCUUUGACGAUGGGACACGUGACAGGCCGUACGGUCACUGUUUGGUCGUCGGCGUAUCGAAAUACCCAAAGAAAGUGAUUCGUAAGGAUUCUGAUAAAAAACAGGCGAAGAAAUCACGGGUUAAGACUUUCAUUAAGCUCGUUAAUUACAAUCACAUUAUGCCGACGCGUUACACAUUGGAUGUUGAUUUGAAGGAAGCUGUUACUGUUGAUUGUCUUCAGUCACGUGAUAAGAAGGUGACUGCUGCUAAAGAGGCGAAAGCUAAGUUUGAAGAGCGAUUUAAGACUGGGAAAAAUCGCUGGUUCUUUUCCAAGCUUAGAUUUUGAGUUGAUUUUGCUCUUUAUUUGUAGUAAAUUGUGCCGAGGCACAAGGAAGCUGUUACUGUUGAUUUCCUUUAGUCAAGUGACAAGAAGGUGUCUGCUACUAAAGAAGCUAAGGCCAAGUUUGAAGAGCAAUUUACCAAUCUUAGGUUUUGAGUUGUUUAUUUGGUAAUUUUCUCUUCUGGGUAUCAAGGAUUCUGUUUUUUCUUGUGUUGAUUAAACGGCAUUGGAUUUGAAAUGAUAGAUCUGGUUUUAUCUUUAGUUAA